CCUUCUGCUCAGAUAGAGGAACUGAGGCAGCUCUGGGACUGGAACUCACAUCCUGAACUCUGCGUGUCAUCACCGUCCGAACAUGGAGAGCACAUAGAACCCACAACCAGAACCGCAACCUGAACCCGGACCGGAACCAGCACCUGGACCAGCAGGCAGCAGACAUGGCUCGAUGGGGGCAGCAGGGGGAGAUGACGGAGUUCAAGAAAAGCCAGAUCAAACGGGACAUGGAGAUGGGCGUGGUCAUGACGGUGUUCCGGCAGAAGGCGGAGCGACUCACUGUGCAGGUCAUCAUGGAAACACAACAGGUGGCGUGGACUCGCACCGCAGACAAGACGGAUGGCGUUUUGGAUCUGUUUGAGAUCAGAGAAGUUCGUCCAGGGAGGAACUCCAAAGACUUUGAACGCUUUAAAGACGGAAAGGACAAACAUGAGGAAAACUCGUGUUUCACAAUCUUCUACGGCUCCCAGUUUGUCCUCAACACCCUGAGUCUGGGAGCUGAUUCUGUGGACGAGGCUCAGAAAUGGCUGGUAGGAUUAGAACUGCUGAGGCAGGAGACACUGGCAGCUCCGACUCCGGUUCUGAUAGAGAGUUGGCUGAGGAAGAAGAUGUAUUCUAUCAAUCAGACCAAGACAAACAGCAUCUCCAUGAAGGAGCUGAAGACUCUCCUUCCUCUGCUCAACUACAAGGUGCCUGGCUCUCGGGCUCUCAAAGACAAAUUCGUGGAAGUGGGAGCAAAGAAAGACCGUCUGGACUUUGAGCAGUUCCAUAAGUUGUACAAUCUUAUAAUGUUUGAGCAAAAUGAGAUCCUUGAUGAAUUUAAGAAGGAGUCAUGUGCCUUCAUCCUGGGUAACACAGAUAAGCCUGACGCCUCAGCCGUUCUGCUUCAUGACUUCCAGCGAUUUCUUAUCUACCAGCAAAAGGAACUGUGGGCCAAUGAUCUGAACCAGGUCCGAGAACUGAUGACUAUGUUUAUUGACGACACCAUGAGGAAAACCAACGAUCCAGAAUUCACCGUCAGCGAGUUCCUUAGUUUCCUGUUUUCCAAAGAGAACUCAGUGUGGGAUGAGAAGUAUUCUGAGAUCAAUAACCUGGACAUGAACAACCCUCUGUCCCACUACUGGAUAAACUCCUCCCACAACACAUAUUUGACUGGAGAUCAGCUUCGUAGCGAGUCUUCCACCGAGGCGUAUGUUCGCUGUCUGCGCCUGGGAUGCCGUUGUGUUGAACUGGACUGCUGGGAAGGACCCGGGGAGCCCAUCAUCUACCACGGCUGGACCAGAACAACCAAGAUUAAGUUUGAGGAUGUGGUGAAAGCCAUCAACGAGCACGCUUUUGUCACCUCAGAGUUCCCGGUGAUCCUGUCCAUAGAGGAACACUGUCCCAUAGAACAACAGCGUCAGAUGGCUCGGAUCUUCAGUGAAGUGUUUGGAGACAAACUGUUGACUGAACCUGUGGAACAGAACGCUGAGCAGCUUCCAUCACCCACUCAGCUGAAGGGAAAGAUCAUCAUUAAGCACAAGAAGCUGAGUGUGGAGGGAGGAGGAACCAGUAAAGACUUCAGGAGGGGCGAAAAAUCUGGAGACUUGGAGAUUUGGGACCCUGUGGACCAGCGGUGGAACAAACAUUACUGUGUGAUCUCUGAGGAUAAGCUGUACUACGCCGAGGAGUACGAGGAGGAGGAAGAAGACCCCAGAAAGUACCUGGACCUCCACUGCUCUGAGCCCUGGUUCCAUGGGGGUAUGAAGGACGGCCGGCUGACGGCGGAACAGCUCAUCCAUGAUUACUGCGCAGAAACCGGGGGUCGUGACGGAACCUUCCUGGUGCGACGCAGCGACACCGUCCACACGGACACUCUGUCCUUCUGGCGCGGCGGGAGGGUCCAACACUGCCGUAUCCGCUCUGGGACGGAGGAGGGCUUCACCUACUACUAUCUGACACCAAACGUGCACUUUCCCAGUGUGUUCGCUCUGAUCCAACACUACAGAGAAAACCCACUGCGCUGCCAGAACUUUGAACUGCGCCUGACUGACCCUGUACCACAACCAGACCCACACCUGCAACAAGGGUGGUUCUACAGUAACCUGAGCAGAGGUCAGGCUGAGGAUUACCUGCUGAGGAUUCCCAGAGACGGGGCCUUCCUCAUCCGACAGAGGGAGGGGGAGUUGGACUCCUUCGCCAUCACAUUCAGAGGUGACGGUAAAGUGAAACACUGCAGGAUCCAAAAAGAGGGAAACAUGUAUCUGUUGGGAACGACCACAGAGUUCGAGAGCCUGGUGGAGCUGGUCAACUACUUCAGGAAGAACCCGCUGUAUCGCAAGAUUAAACUACGUUACCCAGUCACCCCGGAGCUGGUGGACCGCUUCAGCACGGAGAAAGACUGUGCUUCUCUGUACGAGGUCAAGACGUACGUGGAACCCAAUGAGAUCCAGCCUACACUGCCUCAGAGUACUGUCAAGGCCGUGUACAGCUACCAGGCAAAGAGGUCCGAUGAGCUGAGCUUCAACAAAGGAGCCUUAAUACACAACGUAGUCAAGGAGAACGAUGGAUGGUGGAAAGGAGACUAUGGGGGGAAGGUGCAGUUGUUGUUUCCAUCCAACUACGUAGAGGAAGUGUCGAACAACGCCAAAGCUGAGACCAGGGGACAGGAAAAUGAAGACAACCCACUGGGAGGACUGUGUAAGGGCGUCGUCGACAUCUCCAAGUGUAACAUCCAAAACUUGAAGAAUGGGAAAAACGGGAAACCUCACGUGUUGAUCCUUCAGGACAUGGAACAGGACAGUUUACAGUUCGACCUGGCGGCUGAUUCUCUGGAGGAGCUGUUUGAGUGGUAUCAGGUGGCCUGGGACAUCACACAGAGGGAGAUGAGCAAACAGUACAACCGGCAACAGGAGAUCAAGCAGCAGGAGGAAGUGGAGAAGAAGGCUGAAGUUGCCAUGGAGAUGUCAGAACUGGUGGUCUACUGUCAUCCACGCAGCAAAGAGAAGGACCGCUUUGACAGUUACACCUACAAAGAGAUCCGUUCCUUUGUGGAGAACAAAAUCCCCGGAAAAAGCCGAACCAAGGACUUCCUCCAGUACAACCGCAAAUCCCUGAGCCGGGUCUACCCCAAAGGCCAGCGGGUGGAGUCGUCCAACUACGAGCCCUACCCUCUGUGGGCCGUCGGAUGUCACAUGGUGGCUCUGAACUUCCAGACUGCAGAUAAAUGCAUGCAGCUGAACAGCGCCCUCUUCAGUCAGAAUGGACGGACAGGUUAUGUGCUGCAGCCGGAGCUCAUGCGCGACGACAACUACGACCCUAACCAGGAGAAGAAGGUCAAGUACAACAUCGCUAUCAGGGUCAUCGCUGCCAGACACCUGCCUAAACCUGGACGCAGCAUCACCAGCCCAUUUGUAGAGAUCGAGCUGUGUGGACACACCGAGAACAAGUUCAAGACCAUAGUGUAUCGUGAUAAUGGUCUGAACCCGGUGUGGAAGGUCCCAGCCGAGCCCGUGGUCUUCGCCGUCUCCGAACCUGAACUCACCUUCCUGCGCUUCGUGGUCAACGAGGAGGACAUGUUCUCAGACCCCAACUUCCUGGCCCAGGCCACGUUUCCUGUCAAAGGCAUUCGCACAGGUUAUCGCUCAGUUCCUCUGAAGAACGGCUACAGUGAGAACCUGGAGCUGGCGUCUCUGUUGAUCUACAUCAGCGUCCAACAGGCCGGGAAAGCGGAGGAGGAGCUGUACUCGUCCUCCAGUCAGCUGAGGAGGAAACAGGCCGAGCUCAGCGAACCCUUCCUCUACGACACCCACACAAACCUCCAGGGGUCGGCUCCCCCCCGCCAACACAACCCCCUCAUGAGAGAAUCCAGCACCAGCGAGAAACACAGGACGAAAGAAAAGAAGAUUAACAACAGUAGGUUCUACUCCCCCUGAGGAUCCCAGCGGCCCUCGUCCUUCUAGUGGUUGUCACGGUGACGGUAACUUUUCAGGGCAUUCUGGGAAAUGUAGGAAAUAAACAGGCGGCAUUACUAAGGCCACGCCCACAUGGAGAUGAAAACGAGCUAUUUGUUUUGUAAGUGGUGUUUUAACACUGCCGCAGAAAUACACAAAGAACAGACGACCUGGAGAAUAAAAGGAAUGUGAUGUAACCAGAGGGUCUCCACAGGGGGUCCGGAGAAAACAGAAAACAUGUAUGUGUUGUAAACCAUGGAAAACUAAAGUGGUCUCUGGGUGGACUUCCUUUCAUCCUGUCCAUGAUCAACUGUUAUCAAACUGGUUUCAGUUCAAGUCCGUCCUGAAUGAAUAGUUUAACUGCAGCUCAGUCGACGCCCCCUGCUGGACGCUGUUAUUGUUGGAGUUUUUAAUGUAUUUUUAUGAGUGAAUGAGAGCUCAGGAGUGACGUCACAGCAGGUUUCUGGCUAGUUUUUAUGUGUACGUAUACAACAGAAAUCAUGUGACUGAGGAUAAGAGUCUAAAAGAAUAAGAACAUUUCAUGUAUUUAAUAUGACACCAGAUGGAGUUUAUGGAGCUCGUCUAUUUCCUGUCUUCAUGAGUUGAAUUAGUAAAGUGUGUUUGGUGUAAAAUUCUUGCUCUGUUCCU